AUGGCAACAGGAAAUAACUCAAAUAGAUGUUCAGUCUGCAAUAAAGCGGCAGGCGUCCGACAACUAGCAAUUAAAUUUGAUGAUGAAGUAGUUAAAUCUCAUGAUGAACUGCUAGAUCAAGUACAAAAGUUAGAAGGAUCAAAUUAUUUGUCAUCGGAUCUUUUCUCUCAAAUUGAGCAAUGGAAAAAAACAGCGAUCGAAAAAAUUGAAAGAGCAGCAGAAAAGGCACAUCAUGAACUUACCAAAUUAAUCGAUAAAAAACGAACAGAAAUAACAAAACAACUUCAAUCAAUUACAAAAGAUAUUCGUUUAGUUCGAGAAGAAGAAAAUUUUCUUGAAAAUGAUAUAGAUCAACUUAAACAAGUAAUCAAUAAAAUAAAACAACAACUUGGAAAACUCAUUCAAAAAGAUAAAACUCAAACCAUCAUUAUUGAAAAUAAUCAAAUCGACUGGAAUCGUCUUAUCUAUAUUCGUGAAAUCGAAGAUGAAUGGAGUAUUGAAGAACAACGAAUAAUUCGAGAAAAACAAAGCAAGUGUGAGUGUUUUCAAACUAAAUUCUAAAAGGAAAGAAAACUUGAGACGAUCUAUUUAUAGCCAUCCACAUGGACUCAAACUCACUAUCUAGUCUAAUUUCGAAAUUUCGCUGUUUUUUUUCAAUAUCUAUUACUAAAUGCAGUCCUGGAUAGAAAGAAUGUUGAAGCAUUUAUUAGCUACGAUGAUUCUAAAUCUUUGUUCCACACUCUGAUUGUUUUUACCAACAUGCAAUUCGAAUAUUCGUGAUUAUUGUUAUUACAUCUACUUCCGUUAAUUAUACUCUUUCUUAGAAGUUACAUAUGAAUGUUGUGAGAUGAUUUGUCAUUGCCUUUGACAAUUAUUAAUUCAUAGUUCCGUCUGUAUGUGUUGAUGUGUCUGUACACUCUAAAAAAAAAAAGUACUCUCGGAAACCUAUAGAGGGUUUCCGGGUUUGUUCCUAUAUGAAACCCUUUAUAGGUUUCCGAGAAAGGGUUUCCGAGCUCUCGAAAACGUUCCAAAGCAAUCAA